AUGAUCGAAGACGAUGUCUACCGUACCUCCUCCCAAUAUCGACUUUGGUCCUACACGAAGGCAUCUCUCCGGUCUUUGAGAGCUACAACAAAUGAUGUCGCUAGUCAGCGCGUGCGUGCCGCGAUACAGCGAGUUGGUGAAGCCCAUUCGUCUGCCACCCCGUCUGCAGCAGGGACCCCGCAACCUGGAAGCGAUGGGGAGACAAAGAGGCCUGGCGAUAAGAAAAUUGAGUGCUUGACUCCGGAAGAAGAGCUGGUAUUAGUCACAUAUUAUUGUGAGAAGACGCUGGAGCUAGGUGAUGAAUAUAAGCCGCCCUUGCCCACGAUGGUCCGGGCGACCGCUAUCCAGUAUCUCCGCCGAUUUUACCUGACCAACUCUCCGAUGACCUACCACCCUAAAGAUAUCAUGGCAUGCGCGCUGUUCCUCGCCACGAAGACUGACAACUACUACAUGUCCCUCCGUCAAUUCGCAGCCGGCGUCCCAGGUGGACCAUCAGAGGAGAAAGUCAUCGCCCCUGAAUUUCUUAUCAUGCAAGGCCUCCGAUUCACAUUUGACGUCCGGCACCCAUUUCGCGGCCUGGAAGGCGGCGUCAUGGAGCUUUCCGCCAUCGCACAGGGGCAAGGACAACCCGCACCGCAUAUAACAAGUCAAACGCCACAGGAGCUUCAGCGUGCUCUUCUCGCGAUUGCGCCACCUCCUACACCCUCAUCUUCAAUCGCAGACCGAAUUGGCCGCGCGCACGGCGUAACCCGCGAGCUGCUUAAGUCUGCCGCGCAGAUGACAGACGUAUACUUCCUCUAUACCCCAUCACAAAUCUGGCUUGCAGCCUUCCUCCUCGCAGACCGGCCCUUGGCCGAGUUCUAUCUCGAUACCAAGCUCGGUGGCCCCCCUCACACAAACAACCGAGUCGAACCAAAAUAA